ACCGUCGUCGUAGUCGUCGUCGCCGUUGCUGUUGCUGUUGCCGUAUAAAAAUGGAACCCUCAUAUGAUCACGAACAUCCACAUCAUCUGCUAACAAAUUACAACUCGAAAAAGUAUCCACACAUCUCGCGUACGCCGGAGUAUAGCCACUCGACGGGCAGCGAUUACCCGGAGCAUGGAGGCUACUUGACCACAGAUGGCCGGUUGAUGCACGAUGGUUCGGCCGGCGAGUCGGGCCUUUAUCAUGUGCGCCAGGGCAGUGAACACUCCUCGCCCAGCCUGCACUCCCCAGCCAUACAGAGCGCCGGCUACGAGAAUGAGCACUCGAUGAACGAGGCGGUGCACUCGGUGCACAGCCAUUCCCCGAUGCCCAUGGUGUCGAGUGGGUAUGUGGGCGGAGGAGGAGGCAGUGCGUCCGGGUCGCUCAUUAGCAGCAACAUACCGCUGCUGGGUGGCGGCGGCUGCUCCUCCUCGGUGCUGAACAAGUUUCUGUCGCAUUCGCAUCCGGGCAUGGUGAGUGGCGGCUCCAUGGAGGAGUGCGCCUCCCAUUCGCCCAUCGAGACGGCGUCCAUGUGGAGCUACGACUACAAGGGCGACCUGUGUGCCCCCAACUGUGGCUACCUGGAGCGGCACAAGCCCAUGGCCACCGACCUCAAGUACAGGCCCGGCGCAACCCAGUCAAAAAGUGCCAAAGAGUCGCGCAUCCGCCGGCCAAUGAACGCGUUCAUGGUGUGGGCCAAGAUCGAGCGCAAGAAGCUGGCCGACGAGAAUCCCGACCUCCAUAACGCGGACCUCAGCAAGAUGUUGGGCAAGAAGUGGCGCUCGUUGACGCCACAGGACCGCAGGCCGUAUGUUGAGGAGGCUGAGCGCCUGCGUGUGAUCCACAUGACGGAGCAUCCAAACUACAAGUACAGGCCGAGGCGCCGCAAGCAGUCGAAGCUGCGCACCAUGCAGCCGGGCGGCAAGGAUCAGGCAGAGAACUCACCUGCCGUCGGGGCAGGAGCAGGCAAGGCCACACCGAAGUUGUCCACUCCGCCGCUGUCCACGGCCACCGCCUCCUCCAGCUACACCACGCCCACCGACGACAGCAGAUGCUCCUCCACGCCCCAGAAUCCCAACCAGAACCAGAACCAGUACGAGCAGCCACUAAAGCCCACAUAUUCGCCGAGCUCUGUGGACUGCUACAGCAAUGCGGACAGCACCGAGCAGAUCGAGUCGCUGGCCGCCAAUUGCCCACCCGCCCUGCUGUCUGAGUCCUCGCCCACGGGUGGCGGUGGCGGUGGUGGUGGUGGCAGCUACGACAGCUCCCUGCUGCUCAAGAAGCUAACGAAGCCGCCGACCAGUCGAGCCGCAAAGGCGCGACAGGAUAAGCUCUCCAAGGCGGAGGACAAGAGCAAGGCACAGGCGCAGGCACAGGCACAGCAGGGACUGUACGCCGCCUCCUAUCCGCUGGCACCCACAUCGGUGGCAGUGGUGGCCGCCCGAGGCAUGUACGUGACGUGCAACAAUCGCGGCCUGCUCGACCACGGGCACUCCGUGAAGGGCACCUUCUAUCCGCCAGUGUCUGCCUCGGAGGACGAUGGCAGCACGAUGCGCGGCAGCGUUGGCAGUGUGCUGCAGCAGCACUGCAACUUGGGCACGUCCACGGCUACGUCCUCCGCCUCCUCUGUGCCCGUGUCCGUCUCCGCCAGCGAGAUGAGCGGCUACACGGUGUCCAUGGCGGACAACUGCAGCAGCCUGCUGGGCGCCAAUGAAUAUCUAUCGAAUCAUCAUCCCCACUCGAAUCCCAGCGCCAAUGCCUACGGCAUGCAGUACGAGGACUUUCUGCGCUAUCAGAGCAACGAUCUGGACUACAGCGCCGCCGAGCAGCACAAGGACAAUGCCUCGGACGGCUCCGCCUCCCAGAAGUGCCUCAAGUACCCGGACACGAACCAGAACUACGACGACUACGAGGCGGAGGCCUACAACAAUGCCAUGCUGCUGUCGGCACCCGGAUCCGCCGGAGCGAGCUACUACACCCAGCUUCCAUACGCUCCCACCGGUCUGGCUGCCUUUCCGCUGCAGCUGGCAGUGCCCUUCCAGCAGACGGCAGCUGGGCCCUAUGGUGCGCAGCCCAUGCAGAGCAGUUACCUGCACUACGGCAACUAUGGGGGCUACGAGGGCAUGGCUCAGACACAGACACAUCCGCAGCAGCAGCAGCAGCAGCAACAGCAGCAGCAGGCCACGCAUCAGACACCGCCAGCGCCUUCUGUGUCAGCGCCGCCUGCCCAGACAGUGACCUCGAACCCAGCAGCCAUGCAACAGCAUCCGCAUCCGCAUCCACAUCCGCAUCAUCAUCACUUUGGACCCGGACCAGGGGGCAUGGUGGGUGUGGGAGUCGGGGAGAUGCUCUUCGAGCAGCAGCAGCGGAAGGACGACGAGAUUAGCAACAUUCUGGCCGGAGUGCGCAAAACCUGCUACAGCAAUUGAUUCAGCAACGGCAGCAGCAGCGUGUGUGUAUGUAAUUUUUGAUAACUAGAGAUUAGUGAGUGGUUUAGGUUGUCCCCGAACCCUUUUUGAGCUUCCUUUUCCCCAACUCCCUUAAAGAUUAUAAUCCAAUCCACAUAAAUUGUACAAUUUCUAGAAUUUUUAUAAAACAAA